CACAUUUUGGUAUGUUUAAUGUGUUAUAUGUUUACGUUUUUGAAAAUGUGACUGGCAGUCGUAGUCGUUUUAAUAUUGGAUUAAAAUUAAACAGAUAUGGCUCGACGUGGAAAAGUAAAAUAUAAGGAUGUUGUUAAGAAACCUCAUCUUCAAUCCAAGAAAGGCCCAAAAAAAAUUCGACCGAGGAAAACGUACAGUUUAUUUAAGAAAGAUGAAGAGAAUAAGAGACCCAAAAGAAAUUUUAAUAACGAUAAACCACAUGAAAGAGUGAAUCCUAAAAGGCAGAAGCUGGAGGAAAUGGAACCCGAAGAAGAACAAAUUUCUUCUGAAGAGGAAAUUGGAGAUCUGGAUCACUUACUAAGUACAUUUACUGGAACAGGAAAAAAUAAAAAGUCAGUGGCAAUCGAAAGUAGUAGUGAGAGUGAAAGUGAGAGCGAAACUGAGGAACAGACAGUUUUAGAAAAAAUAAAACCUGCUGAAGAGAAAAGUGAUCAUGAUAGUACUUCCAGUGGAGAUGAAUCGCAUGUAGAAAGUGAAAAGGAUGUUGAUGAAGAUAAAAUAUCAAAUUCUGAAGAAGUUGAUCCUCACACUGAGGAAAUUCACGUAGAACCAGAAAAUGAAAAAUGGGAAGAUAUUGAUAACAGUGAGGAUCCUUUCGCUAAACAUAUUUUUCAUGAUUUGCAUGACAACAUGUUAGAAUCACUACAAAAUGCAUCUGUCAUCUCUUCCUGUGAAACUUGGCCUGUACUUGGACAAUUAUCUAUACAAAUCCCAAAAUGCAAUGACAUUGUGAAUCAAGAACCUAGUGAAUUCAGUAUUGCUGAGAAAAAAAUAUAUGCCCCUCCAGGUUCUGUGCCAGAAAGAAUUCAAAGAACGGCAAAACCUUCAGAUUUAUUCAUCAAAUCUCAAAUUAUAGGUAACCUACCUAAAGUUAAUUUGAAACAUUGUAGUGAUGAAACAUUCAGCCCAUUACAAGCUGAAAUAUUUUCCGUAAUCAAUAAUUAUCAAGAUUUUUAUUUUCCUGGCAGAACAUUUUCAAAUUCGGAAGAAAUACGAUAUGUUUACUGUCUGCAUGCUGUGAAUCAUGUAUUGAAAACUAGAACUAAAGUUAUACAUCAUAACUCGAAACUCUCAAAGAAGGAUGAUGUUCCAGAGGAAUUUAGAGACCAAGGUUUAGUCAGACCUAAGGUUCUCAUAGUUGUUCCGUUCAAGGAUGCAGCCUACAAAACUGUCAGAAUGAUAAUUGAUUUAAUUUUACAAGAAGAUAAAGGAAAUGUUAUGAAUAAAAAUAGAUUUGAAGAGGACUAUACAGGAAAUGAGCUUAUUUUACCUAAAAAAAAUCCAAAACCAGAAGACUACGAACUGAUUUUUCAGGGCAAUACUAGUGAUGAUUUCAAAAUAGGUUUAACUAUAACAAAAAAGAGUAUAAAGCUUUAUGCAGAUUUUUAUUCUUCUGAUAUCAUUAUCGCUUCACCUUUGGGACUAAGAACAAUUAUUGGGGCUGAAGGAGAACCUGAACGAGAUUAUGAUUUCUUAGCUUCCAUAGAAGUUCUCAUUUUUGACCAGACUGAAAUAUUUUUGAUGCAAAAUUGGGAUCACGUUAUUCAUAUUGUCAAUCACUUGCAUUUACAGCCUAAGGACUCCCACGGAACAGAUUUCGCCAGAGUGAGAACUUGGAGUUUGAACGGUUGGGCAAAAUACUACCGCCACACCAUGAUAUUCUCUUCAAUAAAUUCAGCAGAAAUCAACGCCAUCUUCAACAAAAAGUGCCAUAACUAUGCUGGUAAAGUGAAAGUCAUUAACCCCAUUGACUUCGGCACUAUCAGUCAGGUGGUUGUUCAAGUUCCUCACGUCUUCCACCGAUUUGAAUGUAAGAGCGCUGCUGAAGCUGUAGAUGCUAGAUACCAGUUUUUUGUCGAUAAAAUAUUACCGCAGCAAAGGGAGGCUUUGAUGAAGCAAACAAUGAUUUUUGUGCCAAGUUAUUUCGAUUAUGUUCGACUGAGAAAUUACUUCAGAAAGGAGGAUAUCGGGUUUGUGCAGAUUUGCGAGUAUUCAAAGGAAGCGAAAAUUGCACGUGCCAGGGACAUGUUUUUCCAUGGAGACGCUCAUUUUCUGUUGUACACAGAAAGAUACCACUUUUUCAACAGAAAGAGGAUAAAGGGCAUUCGUCACCUUCUAUUCUAUCAGCUGCCUGUUUUUCCGCACUUCUACUAUGAAAUAUGCAAUCUGAUGCAAGAAGCCUACCUCAACAAGAAAAUCGGUAGCUCCUCGAAUAUGACUGUUACUGUGAUCUAUUCGAAAUAUGAUGUGUAUCAACUGUCUGCCUGUGUUGGGACAGAAAAAGCCGCCAAAAUGAUACAGAGUGACAGAAAAGUUCAUAUGAUGGUGACAGGUUCGGAAUGAAAUGUGUAUUUUCUUGUAAAUAGAUUUUAUUAAAAUGUUUUCCAAAAACU